UCUCUCUGCUGACUUGUGCAGGGUUCUCCAUCGGCUCCCUGAUGCCCGGCCCAGUGUGAGGCUGCCGGUCGAGGGGGGAAAGCAGCGAGGACAGACCGACGGGAUGAGCGGGGGAGCAGAGCAAGCUGACAUCCUAAGCGUGCUCUCCCUGGUCAAGGAACGAUGGAAAGUGGUGAAGAAGAUCGGGGGUGGUGGGUUUGGGGAAAUCUACGAGGCGCUGGACCUGCUGACGCGGGUCAGCGUGGCGCUGAAGGUGGAGUCGGCCCAGCAGCCCAAACAGGUGCUGAAGAUGGAGGUCGCCGUGCUCAAGAAGCUCCAAGGUAAAGACCAUGUGUGUCGCUUUGUGGGAUGCGGCCGCAACGACCGCUUCAACUACGUGGUGAUGGAGCUUCAGGGUCGUAACCUGGCCGACUUGAGGAGGAGCAUGACUCGGGGAACCUUCAGCAUCAGCACCACCCUUCGUCUGGGUCGCCAGAUUCUGGAGGCAAUAGAGAGCAUCCACUCUGUCGGCUUCCUGCAUCGUGACAUCAAACCGUCCAACUUCGCCAUGGGUCGCUUCCCCAGUACCUGUCGAACCUGCUACAUGCUCGACUUCGGCUUGGCUCGUCAGUUCACCAACUCAUGCCAGGAAGUCCGACCUCCCCGGCCAGUGGCUGGUUUCAGGGGGACAGUUCGCUAUGCAUCUGUCAAUGCACACAAGAAUAAGGAAAUGGGUCGUCACGAUGACCUGUGGUCGCUCUUCUACAUGCUGGUGGAGUUUCUAGUCGGUCAGUUGCCGUGGAGGAAGAUCAAGGACAAAGAACAUGUGGGGAAACUAAAGGACACUUACGACCACCGUUUGAUGCUCAAACACCUGCCGGCAGAGUUCGGUGUCUUCUUAGAACACAUCUCCACUCUUGACUACUUCACCAAGCCUGACUACCAGCUGCUUAUGUCAGUAUUUGACAACAGCAUGAAAACCUACAACGUUGUGGAAAAUGACCCCUACGACUGGGAGCGGACCAGCACAGAUGGCACCCUGACGAUCAGCGCCAGUGCCACGACGCCGCAACAUCACACCCGCCUCACUCCGGCACACAUGGGUAUGGCGAAUGCCUCCCUGAUCCCUGGCGACCUUCUGAGGGAGAACACAGACGAGGUUCUGCAGGACGAACAGCUCAGCGACGUGGAGAACAACCCUGCACCCGAGCGCCUGCCGGGUUCCCCCCUCCACCCGCACCGCAACCAGGAGGCUGACGUCUGGGAGGAGCUGGAUCGCAACCGUAACCGCAUCAGGACAGCAGUCUGGAAGGCGGCAACGGAGGAGGAACACAGCAACAACCAGGGCAACCAAGGUCACCAGAGCCCCUACACUGGGCCGAGCCUGGGUUCCCCCGUCAAACUGCACUCUGAGGUGGUGGCUUCAGAUCGUGACGGUCCUCUGCUGAGGAAACUCCGCAACAUCCACAGUUUUGAGCUGGAAAGGCGGCUUGGUUUAGAGUCCAAACCCAGCCCAGAGCGCUUUGUGGACGCCUGUUCAGCAAAGCAGCAGCUUGGCACCCAGCACCAAGAGAAGGAGGCUGACGGAGCUGCGAUCAUCCCAGUAACUCAGGGUCAAGCUGUAACUGCCGGGGAGCGUCCAGACAGGGUCUGGCACUACGAUGAGGAGUUCCGGUCUGGUGGUGGUUCUCCUAAGCCAGCUUCCCCUGGAUCUUUGGAGCAGGGAGAGGGGGCAGUCAGCAGUGGGGGCUUCGUGGCCCUCAAUUUGAGCUCUGGGAGGCAGGACAUAGACUCAAGGGAGUGGGUAAUGGUGGAGAGGCCCAGCGGCUCCCCAGGAGCCAAAGCUACCACCAGCCCUUCAGAGGAGGAUGAGGAGCCAGAAGUGCUCCAACCAGAAGAACAGUCUCCUGGAUGGGAGAAGGGCAGCCCAAGCCCUAUCUCUGGAAAAGCUAAACAAGAAAGCAUGGCUUCUUCCAAGGGAAGUGCAAAAAUGGACAAGUUGGAGCUUAGUGUGGGCCCUGUAGGGGCCCUGCCACCCGUCACUCCAACCAGCCCGGCUGAAGCUCUGGCUGAGGGAGUCCUGACUCAGCUCCCCACCUCUCCUCCGUCUCUGCCUGAGGAGGUCGCGGUCCGGACAUCCAGCCCCAUCCCUCUGCGCUCUCCCAGCCCUCACACCCUCCUGACCACCCUGUCGGACCCGCUGCACCAGCGCCAGCAGCCGGGCCUGAGGCGCAGCCAGUCGGCCGACCAGCAGCAACAGGAACGCCCCUCCUCUUCCUCCUCCUGCCACGCCUCCCUACCUCUGCCACCAAACCCCGCCCCUGGCACCCGCUCACCCAGUCGCAGGAAACUGCCGGCCAUCCCUGCUGGUGCUGCCAACACCAAGUUUCCCUCAGUCAUACGCAUCACCCGUGCCCAGCUUCAGCAGUUGACGGCUCAGCGCCCCUCUGGGCUGUCCUCCCAGUCGGGAUCGGACAGUGUUCCGCAGUGUCUCCUGCUGGAGAGGCGUGGCGAAGCUGAAGCUGAUGCUCAACAGCUCCAGGAGCAAACAGUGGAAAUCAUCCCCCAGGAUCACGUGCCCACCCACCCGGGGACACCAACAGACCCCCUGGCUGAGAUGCUGGUCAAUGGAGACAGCCACACCAAAGCUCAAAGCCCCGUGCCAAGUCGUGUGUCUUCCCCACGUUCGCCACGCUCGCCUCCACCGCGCUCGCCAUCCUCUCCACUCCCUCGCUCCCCUCGCAGCCCCGUGUUCGCUAAUGGCCGCCUCUCUCCUUCUGUUAACAGCCAAAGGGAUUUAAGUAACGGUGCUUUCGCCAAGCUAAAAGACCCUGAGAAUGAUUCUGACCUCGCUCCCUGUGCCACAGAGCCACAGCUAAGGGAGGAGGUGGGUGGAGGAGUGAAUCCGGAGCAGCAGACCACUGGUCCGGCCUCUUCCUCCCCCUCUGCCCCCCGCAAAGUCUCCAGUCGCAGGCACAGUCGCAUCCCUGUCCUCGAACCCUCCAGCCUGCUGGAGCUCCCUCCGCCGGGGUCCGCCAAGGAGAAACUCCUCCAGAAGAAAGCCAACCACCAGGGCCCGGUCCCCUCUCCCACUGCCUCGCCGUCCCUCUCCGACCGCCGUGGCCCCAUGGUAGCCUCCCUCGCCAGGGAUCCGCUGUCCUCCACCUCCGACCGCUCUCAGGAUGAGGAUUCUCUGAUGGGCUCCCGCUCUGACCGCCAAGGAGACGACGCUCCAUCUCUGUCCUCCUCCUCCAGCCCUUUGUCCCGCAAGAGCAGGAUCCCUCGUCCUGUCCAUUCAACCUCUUCUGCUGAGCAGCUGGCAUCCCAAUUCCUGCCGCGCCCACCUCCUGGAAAACCGCCUUGUCGCUCCACUGUGGAGGGCAGGCUCAGGCGCUACCGAAUCCGAGCCGGCAGCACCAGUGACUCGGACCUCCUGACUUGCCUGGCUCAGCUGAUGCAUGGUUCCCGCGGCUCCCCCCUCCACCACCGCUCCUCCACCCAGCACGGCGGCUCCAGGAUGGGCAUCUGCAGCCUGACCAGCUCUCCGCACCACCACCGCAGCUCCAGCGCCUCCCCGCGCAGCUCCUCCUCCCUGCAGCGCUCCGUCAGCUCCUCGCCCUCCCGCCACGAGCACCGGGGCGGCGGCGGAGGGGGCUGCCUGGGCCGCAGCCGCUCGCCUCCCAGCUUCUCCGGCUCGCCGCCUCCCCGCCGCUUCUACCCCCACCACCAGGAGAGCUGCUGCAGCCGGCAGGCACGCACCGGCCCCUUCCACCUGUCCAGGGGCAAAGGCUGCAGCCGGGAGGGCAAGUGCUCCAGCAAGCUGAGCAGAUAGUCGCCCAACGGGUUCGUGUUGCCAUAGCAGAGGAUGGGAAGACUCCAGUUUAGGAUAGACACCAGUCAGGAUAAAAGCCUGAGUCUUCCUAUAUAAUCAGAAAAAUAAGUUUUAUUUUGCUGUUAGUGGGAACUUUCCACAUCUCACUGAUUCCCAGUGCUCUCUUUAAACCUUAGCAUGCAGGGUUUGUCAUUCAUUUAUGUGCCCAGCUAGCCUUUCAAGUGGUACUUCAGCGAUUUAGUUCAGCAUUAAAGCUGCUAGACUUGUGAAAGACAGAUUUUUCAAAAGAGGAGUGAAACUCUGUGGCGGAAGCUGAAUUAUCUUGAAUUGAACUCGGAAAAACGCUGGUUCCUUGCAUCAUUUAUUACCCCAUGAUGUUCCAGAGUCACAGAGGACUUUAUACAUACAUCCACAGGCUGGAUGAUGAUACAUAUCGAGCAAAUUGAACUAGUUAAUGUUUCGUAGUGAGGAUAAAGCGGUGCAUAGAGAAUGGAUGGAUGGAUGGAUGGAUGGAUGGAUGGAUGGUUAGCACAAUGCAGAGACCAAAAAGUGAAGCUCCAAAAUGAAGCAGUUGCGGUGUAAAUUGGUGGGCACAUAAAUGAAGCCUUCUCCUGCAUAUUCAACUUUGUUCCAUCCUGCAACACAACUUACAGUAGCUUAUCUAUCCCCACUAUUAAUGCACUUGAAUCAAACUGAUGGAUUUUCAGUGUAGCUGAUUAAUUAGAUCUUUGGCUGGGGGUCGACUCAGUUAUCUCCUCUGCUUUUGGAGAAAUUGCAGGCAGGGUAUAAUAUUUGCUUCAUAAUAAAUGUGAACGCGCAAAGGUAGAAUUUUGUGUACAGCUGUAUUUAUCGAGAUAUUUAUUUUGAUGCUUAGCGACGCUUACGACUCCUACCCUUCUUCCGUGUGAUCGUGGAUGUGCAGUUUCGUAUCACUCGCGUUAGUUUUUAGUGUUUAAAUUGAAGGGACUGCUCCCCAGUGACGCUUUAUACAAUCAAUCGUGUAAAGUGCGUGAGGACACACACCUUUUUGUGCCUACUGUGUUGCUAGAGAGGGGAUUUAAACUGAACGGAGGGAUUACAGGUUUGAAAAGCGAAGCUCCUUUUUGGAUCUUAGUGCAUUUUUCAGUGUUGUAGUAGCAGUAGUAAGCUUAAACGACAUAAGGUGCAUUACUGAUGGAUAAUGUCCAGACACAGAUGUUUGUCUCAGUGUGUGCCUUGGCACUUUGGGCAGCUCAAGGAAUUCACUCUGGUGUGUUUGUAAUUAGAAAAAAAACGACGACAAAGGAGCCAAAAACUUGACUUGUGCCAGCGGUUAUAAGACAACCCUUUUCAUUAGUGUUCGUUCAUGUAGAAAAGGUAGCAACACAAACGUUUGUAAAUCAAACACAAUUUGAGCAGCAGUUUACUUGAGUACAGAGUAGCUCUUAUUUGUAAUGACAAAAAAAAAGCAGGAAGUAUAUCCUGUUUUAGCUGUCCUGUGUAAAUACCAGGUCAGUGUUUGAGAUAAAACUCUGAACAAAUGUGAAUUUCAGACCUCAAAAAUACACAUUUUGUCAAAUGUUACUAAAAACGGAGGCCAUAUGUACAUAUAUUUCUCACACCAAAAUGACGUUCCACGCCUCCAUGUGCAAGAAUGUUUUUAUUUCGUUUGUGUUUCUCUUGCGCCGGAGAAUGUAUUUAAUAUAAGUACAUACAGUAUGUUUGUGCACAAGUCCAAGGAAUCGGUUUUGUGUUUAGUUUAGGAUUCCUCUCCUCCACAACCUCUUCCCACUCCUCUGCUUGUAAGAUACUGUAAAAUAACUCCAGCUUCCUUCCAGUGCUACUCUUUGCAUGCUUCAACAGAAAAAACAAAUCAACUACUGAGUAAGAAAAGGCUGCAUACCACUUAUCACAUAGCAUUUAUCUAGUGGAGAUUUUAACCCGGCAGGGGAUUUCACUACCUGUCGGGUGAGCAAAUUUAAUUUCCGUGACUCUAUAUCUUCUCUGACGCAUCUUUAAUAUUCAUUUCCCCACCUGAUGUUAGUUUUUCAGCGCUUCCUGCACUGACUUGGGAUGAUUGCGUGCGCUGGAAUGUGAUAUUUUUUAUCAGCGCAUCAACACGACACGAUGCACAAAAUGCAUAAUUAGCAGAAAGAUGAAAAGGGGGAACAGACUGAUGGCCUCUCUUAAGGUAUUGCUGCACACGUGGAUGAAAACUAAAUCACAUUGCCAAAUAUUUUGAUGGAUUUUGCAGAUGUGGUUAAAGGGAGACGGAAUGGGGCACGUUGCUUUGUAGAUAUAAACCCGCUUUUUGUUUGCAGAUCUUGCAGGUACCUACGCUAGCCUCACAGAGCAGCUAUGAUGACUCAUCCUGAAGGCAGACAGCGUUCAGUCAGUCAGCCGCCUUAAUGUCUCUUCUCUGCCCCUCUGUGCGUAGCGAGGGAUGACUGAGCCUUGUCUGUGUUGGAGAUCAUUCCACUAUUAGGCCGAGCCAAGCCUUUUCCCUUCGCUUUCCCUCUUGUCUGUAGAUGGCACGUGCUGCCGUGCCCGUCAGCGUUGGUCAGUAUAUCACCGCUGGAAAUCACAGCUGACUGGCUUUUUUGAGCUUACGAAGCCGGAAGAGCUCACCUCCCCUUCCCUACCACUCCCUGUGUUUUUUUUUUUUUCUGUGAGAAUGCAUUUAUUGAUCGACUGGUGGGAAUCGGUGAAUAUUUUCAGGGUGCAUUAUUUCGAGGUGUGUCUGUUUGUCAGUGUUUGCUCUCGAGCAGGGCUGUGCAAUUUCUUAUGUCGCCAGCAAUCAACCCUCUCCCACUCUCAAAACUCUCGAUUUCGGGGCUCACGAGAUUUCAAGCUAUUUCAAAGCAAGUUCAGAAACGCUGUUGUGCAGACUUUUAAUAUAUACCUGUAAAAUAUUCAAAGUAAUAUUUAAAUAACAAAGAAUCAUUAUUGUACAACCGUAGCUUACACGCUAACAGGCUUCAAUGGAAACGGGAGGAACAGACACUAAACAAGUGCUGCUGGUUUUAAGAGAUAAUCAGAUUUCUUCUCAUGUUUUUAUUAUUAUCGCACAUAAGUGGUGUGUAGUCGUAGUAUUAGUGUUCCAGACGAGAUUUCCUUUGUCACUUUUUUUUUUAAAAAGCGGCUCGCUGAUAGAAAGGUGUCAUAUUUAUAGUAGCUUGUUGGUGUUUGUGGUUGCAGGAAACCACGGACCAACAGAACAAACCCAGCUGUUUUAUUUCAUUUCAAGGAGUGAGAUGGAAACUAAUAAAAGCUUUGGUGUGCACCCGUAUGUACACUUCUCAUGUCAUAACAUUGGAUUACUUGUUACUAACUUAUAAAUACUUGACAGAAAAAUUAUUUAUUGUGACAUUUGCUAAUUUGCCCAUCCGUCAUUCUGGCUUUGAUUUUGUUUUUGAUGGUUGAUAUUUUUGUGUUGUAAUGUUCGUCAUGGUUUCGAAAUGUUACUGUACAGUCUCAAGGAAAGAAUGUAACGAGUGGGAGUUUUGCAUUGUAUAUACCUGUAAUUAUUUAUGUUUAUUCUAUCAUUUGUAUCAUAUCAAUGCCUUGUACAGUGUUUUUUUCUUUUUGUUUUAAAAUUAUUUUGUAUUUUAUUUUUAUAAACUGGUUAUAAAUAAAAUACUCAUUCCGCAUGCAGACAGAA